GCGGGUCCGAGGGGCGGUGCAAGAGCAAGCAUGGCGGCGCUGGUGCGGGGGACGGUGGGGCGGUGGCUGCGCGGUGGCGGGGAGCCGCUCCGGCAGUGGCGGGGUCAGCAACAGCAGAGAGCAUUUGUGGGCCCCCGAGGGCCUGAUGGGGAGGUGCAGAAGGCGCAGCAGGCGGCUGAGGAGCCUGGCCCAACCAUCUUCGGCAAGAUCCUGGAUGGCUCCAUCCCGGCUGACAUUAUCUAUAAGGACGAGCAGCACCCCUAUGGUGCUGCCGCUCUGUUUUCUUCCUUAUCUUCAGUGCGUGGCUUUCCGAGACGUGGCCCCGCAGGCUCCUGUGCAUUUCCUGGUGAUCCCAAGGCGCCCCAUUCCUCGCAUCAGCCGUGUGGCAGAGAGCGAUGCCCAGCUCCUAGGACACUUGCUGGUGGUGGCCAGCCAGAUGGCGAAGGCAGAGGGCCUGUCGGAUGGCUACCGUGUGGUGAUUAACGACGGGAAGCUGGGGGCCCAGUCUGUCUACCAUCUCCACCUCCAUGUGCUGGGAGGGCGCCAGAUGGGCUGGCCACCUGGGUGACCCCUCUCCCACUUAGGAAGCCACACUGGAAUAAAGACACCUGCAUUGGG